GGGACUUCCAGCAGGAUGCGGAAGCGGAGCGGGAGGCGCGGGCUAGCAGGUGCGGCUGACGAGCAGGGGUCUGUCGGGCGCUGUGCUCGAGCCGGGUAGGCGAGAAAACACCCGGGCUCGGUUGCCUCCUCCCCGAGACCCCGCGACACCGACCUCCGUGCCAGGAUGGCUCGGGGCGAGCGGCGGCGUCGUGGAGCUCCGGCAGACGGAGCGCGGGCAGCCGAGAGGGCAGCUCGGAGCGGUCCCGCGCGACGGGACGGCCGGGGUGGCGGGGCCCGUGGCGCGGCGUGGGGAGCAGCUCUGGCCGUCGUGGCCCUGUCUCUCUCCCUGGGCCUGUCGGGACGCUGGCUACUAGCGUGGCACCGUGCGCGGCGGGCAGUCACGCUGCAUUCCGCGCCCCCGGCCCUGCUUCCUGACUCUUCCAGCCCCGCCGUGUCCCCGGACCUCUUCUGGGGCACUUACCGCCCUCACGUCUACUUUGGCAUGAAGACUCGCAGCCCGCAACCCCUCCUCACCGGACUGAUGUGGGCACAGCAAGGUGCCACCCUGGGGACCCCUAAGCUCAGGCACACGUGUGAGCAGGGGGACGGCGUGGGCCCCUAUGGAUGGCAGUUCCAUGAUGGUCUCUCCUUCGGGCGGCAACACAUCCAGGAUGGGGCCUUAAGGCUCACCACUGAGUUCGUCAAGAGACCUGGGGGUCAGCACGGAGGGGACUGGAGCUGGAGAGUGACUGUGGAGCCUCAGGCCUCAGGUACUUCCACCUUACCUUUGGUGUCCCUGUUCUUCUAUGUGGUGACAGAUGGCAAGGAAGUCCUAGUGCCAGAGGUUGGGACCAAGGGGCAAUUGAAGUUCAUCAGUGGGCACACCAGUGAACUUGGUGACUUCCGCUUUACACUUCUGGCACCAACCAGUCCAGGGGAUACUACCCUCAAGUAUGGCAGCUACAAUGUCUUCUGGUCCUCCAACCCAGGACUUCCCUUGCUGACAGAGAUGGUAAAGAGUCGCCUAAAUAGCUGGUUUCAGCAUCGGCCCCCCGGGUCCUCCCCUGAACGCUACCUCGGCUUGUCAGGAUCUCUGAAGUGGGAGGACACAGGCCGAAGUGGGCAAGGACAGGGACAAGGGCAAUUCUUGAUACAACAGGUGACAGUGAAAGUCCCCUUUUCCAUGGAGUUGGUGUUUGAAUCAGGCAGUGCCCGAGCAGCAGGAAGCCAACCUCUGGAGCAGCUGGCAGGCAGCCUGCUGACCCAGGCCCUGGAGAGCCAUGCUGAGGCCUUUAGGGAGCGCUUUGAGAAGACCUUCCAGCUGAAGGAGAAGGGCCUGAGCACUGGGGAGCAGACUUUGGGUCAGGCUGCCCUCAGCGGCCUCCUUGGUGGGAUUGGCUACUUUUAUGGACAGAGCUUGGUGUUGCCAGACAUGGGGGUUGAAGGGUCUGAACAGAAGGUGGACCCAGCCCUCUUUCCACCUGUACCACUUUUCACAGCAGUGCCUUCCCGGUCAUUCUUCCCACGAGGCUUCCUUUGGGAUGAGGGCUUUCACCAGUUGGUGGUUCAGCGGUGGGAUCCCCACUUUACCCGGGAGGCCCUAGGCCACUGGCUGGGGCUGCUUAAUGCUGAUGGCUGGAUUGGGCGGGAACAGGUGCUGGGGGAUGAGGCCCGAGCCAGGGUACCCCCAGAAUUCCUGGUUCAACGUGCAGGCCAUGCCAACCCCCCAACCCUGCUUUUACCUGUAGCCCACAUGCUAGACAGUGGUGACCCUGUUGACUUUGCCUUCCUCCGCAGGGCCUUUCCCCGCCUGCAUGCCUGGUUCUCCUGGCUCCAUCAAAGCCAGGCAGGGCCAGAGCCACUAUCUUACCGCUGGCGGGGCCGAGACCCAGCCUUGCCAACCCUGUUAAACCCCAAGACACUGCCUUCAGGGCUGGAUGACUAUCCCAGGGCUUCACACCCUUCAGCCACUGAGCGACACCUAGACCUGCGGUGCUGGGUGGCACUGGGUGCCCGUGUGCUGGCACGGCUGGCAGAGUGGCUGGGAGAAACUGAGGCAGUUGUGGAAUUGGGCCCCCUCGCUGCUUCACUGGAGGCAGAGGACAGCCUGGAUGAGCUGCACUGGGCCCCAGAGCUAGGAGUCUUUGCAGAUUUUGGGAACCACACAAAAGCAGUGCAGCUGAAGCCUCAGACUCCACAAGGGCUGGUGCGGGUAGUGGGUCAGCCCCACCCUCACUUACAAUAUGUGGAUGCCUUGGGCUAUGUUAGUCUUUUUCCCUUGCUGCUGCGGCUGCUGAACCCCAGCUCAUCCCGCCUUGGGUCCCUGCUGGACGUUCUAGCUGACAGCCGCCAUCUCUGGAGCCCCUUUGGUUUGCGCUCCCUUGCAGCCUCCAGCCCCUUUUACGGUCAGCAUAAUUCAGAGCAUGAUCCUCCCUACUGGCGGGGUGCGGUGUGGCUCAAUGUCAACUAUCUAGCCUUGGGCGCUCUCCAUCACUAUGGGCACCUGGAGGGUCCUCACCAGGCCCGGGCUGCCAAGCUCCACAGUGAGCUCCGUGCUAAUGUGGUGAGCAAUGUGUGGCGGCAGUACCAGGCCACAGGUUUCCUGUGGGAGCAGUACAGUGACCAGGAUGGGCGGGGCAUGGGCUGCCGCCCUUUCCAGGGCUGGACCAGCCUUGUCCUACUAGUCAUGGCUGAAGACUACUGACUGAAGGGGUAGGAUGGAGGAAGCCAGGCCUCUUAUGCCACUCAACUAGAGGGACAGGCUCUCUAGCUUCUGCCCUCAGCCUUCAGAUACAGUGCUUCAAACCCUCCUCAGUUCAUCUCAGGUGUCUCCUUAUUGUCAUCCCACAUAGUCCUGGGGUGAAUGUGAAUUCAGAGUCUAUUUUUCUAAAUAAAUUGGAAAACCAUGCCAAACUCUA